AUGGACAAUGACCAAAUGUCGGAAGGCGACGUCGCACUUGCGGUAGAUUACACGCUUUCCCAAGACGAUCUGGAGGCAGCCAACAUUUUGAUUAAGCUUAGUACCGAUGGUACACAGCACGCGAUGACUACGCCUCCUGAGGUUGAGCUGGAGGCCGCAGAAGGCUUAGUAGAGCUCAAGAUCGGUAUUCCAGAGGAGGAACCGUACCAUGGCUUCGGCCCUACCAGCUUUGAUCCGACGACCUUCCAGCUCCCUGAACACUAUUCUUCAGAUGAUAUGUCCACGGCCCCUACUAUGCUAAAUGAGUCCAUAGGGCAAUGUCCGGCCCAGGACGUUCUGGAGGAUGACUCAGCUGCCGUGGACUUCUUCGAGCACCUGGAAGGCGAUGAGAAGUGUCUCAUGGCCUCAAAGCUCUUGGCGCAAUACGGGUGGACGGCGGUUCGUACUGCCUACGACAUGGUAACGACCGUUGAAGACAAUCUCAUUGACCAGCAGGAAGUUCUUGUUAAGGUGCGCAUGCUGCUCAAGGAUGUGGAGGGUGGUAACUUGUAG